CAUUGGGUUAAAGUUUCUUCCCCUGCUGCGCUCAUAUAAAUAAUAACAACCGAAAUCUGGGCUAGCAUGUGGGGACAGUACCUGCUGGACAAGUAGUUGGUUUUCAAACACAUUUAAAGCAGUCUGUGAGCUGAACACUGUGUAUAGUUAAGAGAAAACACUGCAGCAGGUACGAGCAGCAGCAUGUCGGUCGACAGCGUGUUUAGGACCCGCUCUCUCGGCGUGGCCGCCGAAGGUCUUCCUGAUCAGUAUGCCGACGGCAAAGCAGCGAAAGUCUGGCAGCUGUACAUCGGAGACACGCAGAGUAGGACGCAGGAGUACAAAAGCUGGGUGGUGUCUUUGCUGAAACAGCAAGGUGUGCGGAGAGUGCUGGAUGUAGCCUGCGGAACAGGAGUUGACUCCAUUAUGUUGGUGGAGGAGGGGUUUAAUAUGGUGAGCGUGGAUGCCAGCGACAAAAUGCUCAAGUAUGCACUGAAGGCGAGAUGGGAGAGAAGAAAAGAGCCAGCUUUUGAUCAGUGGGUUAUUGAAGAGGCCAACUGGCUGACGUUAUCAGAAGAUAUUCAGAAACCUGGGGAUGGCUUUGAUGCCGUUAUCUGCCUUGGCAACUCAUUUGCCCAUUUACCAGACUUUAAAGGGGACCAGAGUGACCAAAAGUUGGCCCUUCAGAACAUCGCCAGCAUGGUGAGACCCGGUGGGAUCCUUAUCAUUGACCACCGUAACUACGACUACAUCCUGGAGACUGGGCUGGCUCCACAAGGCAAAAAUAUCUACUACAAGAGUGAUCUAACUCAGGACAUCUCCACCUCGGUGCUGUGGGUCGACAGUAAGCCUCAUAUGAUCACUCUGGACUACACCAUCCAAGUGCCCCAGGCCUCCCUCCAGAAUCUUCCUGAGGUCAGUAAAUUCCGUCUGUCAUACUACCCCCACCGUCUGGAGAGUUUCAAAGGGCUGCUGACCGAGGCCUUCAACGGCAAAAUGGAGCACAGUGUCUAUGGAGACUUCAAGACGUACGUCCCAGGCCAGACUCAGGCUCCCUGCUAUUUCAUCCAUGUCUGUAAGAAGACAGCCUAAGAGCCCUACCAAUAUGCUCUUACAGUCCUCCAGAUUUGGUUAAAAUUAUAUUUGAAUAUAUUUAAAAAAGAUUUCAUCUUAGAGUUCUUAAAAAAAAAAAAUGAAGCAACUUUUCUUUUUUGGUCUUUGGUGACUUACCUUACCUCUUAAGUGAUGAGAACAUAGAGACUAAUGUCAUCCACCUGUCCCUGAUAGACUGUGACUACAUUAUUAUUGUAGAAAUGAUAAGACUGGCCUUUUAAGAGGAUGCGGUGUCAACACUUUUUAUGGCCUAGAAAGUUGUAUAUCAUACAAUUUGGCAUUUUUAAUUUUGUCUAAUAAAGGUAAAAUCAUGUACCAAUAGCUAAAAUGUCAAAGCAUCACAGCCUCUUUUCUGUCCCAGGAACAAGUGAUUGAUUUUGAUCUCAGUAUGUAUCUCACUUUGUAUCGGACCACUGUUUUAUCCAAAUCUGGUGUUUUCCCUUUGUGCCUUGUGCUGGUUUUUUGUUUUCCUCGUUUCUGUUUCCUCCCCACUUCACAAUGUCCACGUAUUUCUAAAUGGUGCUGUACAUUAGUGAUAUUCCUCAUGAAGGAAUACCUGCUGUUCGUUGCCUGCAAUGUACAAAGUGCUCAGAUAUAUUCUUUGACAGCUGUAUUUUGUAAAUUCAUCACAAGGGUCUUAAAAACACAAACUAAGCAUUUGUGUUUUGUGAAUACAAAUGCCUUAAUUUUUCAUGCGUUUUCAAGCUGUAAAAGAAAAACGGGCUGAUUUCAUUCUGUCCUACUGCCUUUGUUCAAGUUCAGGUGAAUCUCUGACGGGUACAGCACAACGGCAGGUUAAAUAUUUCAUGUGAAAGAGUCCCCACAAUGUUCAGUUCAUUUGCACAAUUCAUAGUCAUUGAUGUCAGUUUGAUAAAACCAGAGAGCAGAUAGUGAGGCUCGUGAGUCACAUUAGUCGUAGUUUAACAAGGUGGGGCAGAAAAUGAAACUCUUACCUGUCAGUCAGUCAGUCAGUCAAAUCAAGUAUCCUCCACCCUGAAGUGCCCUUUAGCUCCUCACUUAAACCCCUACCACCUCCAGAUCUAAUUGACCUCUGACCUCUCUGAAGCUGGGGAUCAAAGCAAGAGAUUUUCACACGAAAGCCUGCUCUUCAAACAAUGAGUUGUGGUUUUUCAAAAUUGAAUAGAGACUUAGUUUAUUGUAACAGUGUUGGCUUUGUUUGAGCCAAAGCCUUUUACAUUUUCUGGUAAUUUCCUCUAAUGAACCAGGCCAGCAAUGAGUUUCAUAAAUUUUAGAGUAAAAAUAAAAGCUAACAUUAAAGCUGGUUAAAAAUGCAAACAGUUGCAUUACCAUAAUAACAUGGAAAAGCCAGCACCUUUAUUGUGUUAUCAACCAAAGAUGUUUUUUUUUUGUUCCUCAAUCUUUCAAUUUUCUUGUUUCAAAAGUAGGAAAAACUUGAAUGUAAUUCAGUUGUGCUUCACAGACGUAUUAUGCAGUGUCUCAAAUAAUUGAGUUUACCCAAAUAAUGAGGGGGAACAUGAUGGAAGAAUAAUUUAUUUUGCUGUAUUAUCCAAGUCCAAAUAUAUUUUGCUUUGAUACCAAAUUAAAAAUGUGUUUUUUUUAUUGGAAUGAGAAAGGAGCUCUACCACAGAGAAAUCAAAUAUUAUCACUGCCCCUGCUGUUUGCCUAAAAGAGACCACAUGGUGCAUUCAGAUGUUGUGCCAGCUCCUCUUGUAGAACAAAAUGUACGUUGCACAGUUGUGAUACAGCUGGAGGUUCAGAAUGUGGUGAGAGUGGCUGAAUGUUUGAGUGAGUUUGGACGUAUAUGUCGAGAUAAAACUACGUCAGAGCAGUCUUAUUGUGUUGACAGAAAAAGUGUAAAAAUUUUAUAAAGUUUAUUGCUUAUUUGAUUAUUGGAAUUCUUUUGCAUGAAAUUAAAAAUUUGACAUAAAUGG